CAUCUUAAAAUUAUUCUCAUAUUCAAUUUCUUUACAGGUAAAAUGAAGUUGUUUGGAAUAUUAAGCUUACAACUUCUGAUACUUACAAUUCAUAGCCAAAGAACCUUUGGCAACAAGGAUAGCUUAUCUUCCUCAGUAGAAAGAGACAGCAAGAAAGCUGGUGGAAAAGAAUACAGUAAAAAUUCUCAGCAUAACAAAAUACAGGACAAAGGACCAACUCAAGAUCAAGUUAUUCUCAACCUGACUCUGACAGAAGUAGAAAAACAUGACCUCCAACUCCAAUCCUCACAAACAAGGAUCUCUAGUGAAAGAAUUCUUGUCAAUCGUAACCUUCAAGAGCACCAGUCUACUGAAGGCAACCAGUACAGGAAUGCAUCUCCUUCACCUAAAAGAAAAAUGUCACAAUAUAAUAGUGCAAAAUCAAAUGAAGAAUGGGAUCAAUUAACAUCUAGACAGGGAAAGGAGAAUAGGGAUGUUGUCUGGACCUUACAUGAGGAUGGGGACUUUGAAGCUUUCACCAGCAGAGCCCCAGUGGUCAUUGUCUACUUUUACAGAAACAGUGGAUUAGCAGCCCUUAUAAGGUUCUUACGGGAGUACAACAAAUCAGCGCAAGAAUUGCUACAAUACAAUGUUUUGCUGGCCACUGUGGAGUGUGGAGAGUAUCAAGUAGCAUCAUACUGUGCCUCAGACAAGAUCAAUCGCUUUGCUUAUGGUUUCCGAGGAGGACAAGAAAAGAUUGCCUUUCCUUUGGACACACUCUUCAACAGCAAUGCUAUUGUGGCUUCUGCUCUUCACCUGGCACUGAUCAACACGGUCCCCAUCUUGCAGACAGCUGGAGAAAGACGUAAUCUUGAAAAGCGGUGUCGAGGUCAUUGUGACCUCAUCUUUGCUUACUUGCGUACCCUUGGAACUCUGGGAAGGAAAGAAUAUUGCCAGCAAAGAGCCUGUGUGUCCUCCUCUAGAUCUGAUGACCAAGAGACACUGAACUCAGACCCACAGAGGAGCCAGGUGUGCAUGAAAAAUGAACACCGAACAUUCUUGGAAGUGGCCCAUGCACACCAAUCCUCGUUUGUAUUUGCUAUCACCACCUACACUGCUGGAACCUUGGGGUUGCCCCCAUCUCCAUAUUCUGAAGAGGAGGCUCAAGAAAAGGGAGUGUGGGUGAUACACUGUCAGGACAAAACUGUCAACCAAGAGUGUGUAGUGAGCAACUACCAUGGCAAGAUGAUGCUACAGCAACUUCUUCACUUAAUCCAUGUCUUACAACUACCUUUGUGGCAUGAGGUAUCUGAGGUUCUUUCAUCUCAAGAUUUUGCGACUCCCUAUGACCAAGCUGACCUGCCUUGGGUACUACUGCUUCAUGACAACACUUCUGCUGCCCGUGUCAAAAUCCUGGCACCCAGCUUGGCUCAACUUUUACAUGGUUCAGUUGCCAUUAUCACUGUUAACUUGGAAGAUGACAGUAAAGACUUGCUUGCCACAGUUGGAGUGAACUAUCAUUCCAUCACCACACCAGCUCUUGCUUUCAUUCAAAGGGAUCAGAAAAGUGCAACAACACUGCUCAAUGAUUAUGAUGAUGCACUAGAGUGGAUUAAAGAGCAGUUAUUUGUCAUGCACCAAAAGGAACCACAAAGCAAAGAUGAACAAGGAUACCUUCCUGUACAGGUGGUAGAAGAGUUGCAACAAGAUGAUGAAGUGGUGCUGAGAAUAAUGAAGAAUAGCUUCCCUGGGAUAGUGCAGCUUGUUGGCCCUACACAUUACAACACCAUUCUCAAGAACAAGAAACUGGCUGUCAUUGCCUUCUAUAUAGGCUGGGAUCCAGCCAGCAAUGCACUCCUGCAGCACCUGAGUACCAUAGCACCCAUGCUAGAGGAGCACAACAGCCAGGCCUCUCUUUACAGUAUAAACUGUUUUGAUUGGCCUGUGUUAUGUGAUAUGCAGAGUAUAUCCUCGUAUCCUGUACUGCGCUUGUACCCCUAUAAACGCCACAAUGUGACAUAUCAUGGUCCUAUUAAUUAUCAUCACAUCUUGAGGACUGUGCUCUUGGUGGAGCAGGACACUCCAGUGGAACUAGGUAAUGUGAGAGCAGUGGAGGACAUGUUGGCUAUGAAGAGAGAUGUGCAUCCAGUCUCUUCAUUCACCAAUGCCGCUGUAAUUGGAAUCUUCUCAGAAGAGAAAGGAGCAUCAACUUUUCGUGAAGUAUGUCACAUGCUGGAGGGGACCCAACUCUUAGGUCUACAUAUUUCCCAAGAGGCUGUCAGUACCUAAGAUGGUGCUCAACCUCUACAACCUGCUGCUGCAUCAUUUACCGAGAGGGUGGACGUAUCGGCACCAGCAGGAGGUUCAGCUGUGUUAAGCGUUGGAAGUCCUACAGUAGCAAUUUCAUCUGUACUGUUAUGACCAAUGACAACAAAUAUUAGUUAAACCAUCACAAGCAUAUUUAUUGCAGAUCGAUCUCACUAUCUAUAUGAGAGGUGAACAAUUCUCUCAAGGAGGAAGUAUCCUCGCCAUACGCCUCAUGCACAGUGUAAGUGUAUAUGGUGUGUGUGUGGUUGCCUCAUUUUUGCUGUCCUCCUCCUGAAGGGUGUUGGCUUUGUCUAUACAUAUAUAGAUAGUUAAUGUCCUUACUCUUCAGUUUUAAAGAUAUUUUGUAUGCUCUUAUUGAUAUUUUCAGCAGGAAAGUAAAGUAAUGUUAUUGUGUUGCAGACAGGUACAGAGUGCACUUGUCAUUAAGACACUUUCGUGUGUGAUGCAUUCCCUCUGAGCUGCCAUUUCAACCCAUAUACACACCUUUCAUAAUUGAAUAGGAACAUUGGAAAUUCUUCAUAUCAAUGAGACCCAUCAAUUUGAUUAGGUUAAGUUACUGAAGUUAUACUCUGUUAGUUUAGGGUUAAAGUUAGUUAUGUGUAAGCUGGCAGAAGUUGUCCAUAACAUCUGGAAGCAUUGAAUAUAAUAAAUGGAUAGUUUGUU